UGGCAGAGAUGGGGGGUGGGGGGUGUUAUUCUUUCCCAGUGACGAUUUGUCCUUAAUGUGGUGGCAGGCACCAUGACGCGCUGGGGUGCAGCCCCUUUAACAGCUCCUGGUAACUGCAGAUAAGAGGUGAGAGGGAGAAGCAGCAGCAGCUGAGACGUUGUGUUACAAUCCUGAGCUGGGGUGUGUUUCUACACCGGGCCCUGAGUGGAAUGUUCCACCAGUGGAAAAUGGAACAACCAGGCCACCCAGUCAGGCUUCCCUGAUGGUGUGAAAGCUGCACGAGCUGAUACUCUGACUAAAAAGAGAGCGUCAGAACACUGGAGAGUCCUGUGUGUUGAGCAGCUGCCGGGAAGGGCUGUCUUCAGACUUCCAGCAUCUUUCACUAGAGCCAGGGAGGAAGCUGUCAGGACUCCACCUGCCUCAAUACAGGCCAGACCCCUUCUCUGGAUGCAGGGAGCCUGUCUCGUCUGUGAUUCUGGGAGCAAUCCCCUGCUGCUGUUCAGGGGAUGAAAGUAGCCUAGGCUCCCAUCACUGCCUGAGGAGAGGGCACUAGCACCGGUCCACCCGCUCUACUGGAGUGGUGGCCAGGGGGGCCCACAUGGACCAGUGCCUAUGAUCCCAGAUUGCCUUAAUCCAGACCUGUGUGGCUGCAUGGGCUGAAAGCAGGCAGUAGCACCUGACAGCAGUGGACAGAAGCUCUUAUUGUGAGGACCAGCCAGGGCAAAGGAUUCACUGCAGGACAGUCUGACCCAAUCGCUCUACUCCAAGGCCACAAAUACUCCAGGACUUCUGCCUGACUACAGUGCCCCCAAUAGCCUCAUCAAAACCCUGGAAAUUACCAGAUGCCCAGACUACAUCUCCUUGGUAACUGGCUGGAUCACUGGUGGUUAAUUUUAAAAAGAACAUAAUUACACAGGUGUAAUGCAGCCCAGUAUGUUUGGGGGUUGGAGCUGACGAUCACAGAUGGCACUUAAACUCUUUUGGAAACAUACCAGGCCAUAACAUUCAAGGAAAAUCAGAGCCAUUAGAGAGGGCUUCUUUGGGUUUAUUCCCCCAAAAGAGAGUCACCAUCUGAAACAGUUGCACACCGUAAUAGGUGCUAUGGCUAGCAAAAGAAAGUCAACAACUCCAUGUAUGCUGCGAUCACCUGAAUUAAUGGAGCAGGCUGUUCCUGAGGAUGGGGAAGCCUUAAAAGAAAGAGGUGCUGGCACUCCCCAGCAGGAUUCUAAAGAUGGCUGGGCUGCUGAUACAGAAAACUCUGUAAAAGAAUGUGAAGUGAUGGAUGGAAAAGCCUCAGUUGAGAAUCAAUCCAAGAAACCCCAAGGUGGUUAUGAAUGUAAAUACUGUCCUUAUUCAACACAAAACCUAAAUGAAUUUACGGAGCAUGUUGACACACAGCACCCAAAUGUAAUCCUCAACCCUCUCUACGUGUGUGCUGAAUGUAACUUUACAACCAAAAAAUAUGAUUCCUUAUCUGAUCACAACACAAAAUAUCACCUGGGAGAGAAUAAUUUUAAACUGAAAUUAAUCAAACGCAAUAAUCAGACUGUGUUAGAGCAAUCCAUUGAGACAACCAAUAAUGAUGUCACUGUCACAAACAGUGGAUUAGAAAAUGCAGAGUAUGAUGAAGCCCUUCAUGGUGAGAUCAAUGUAAGUAAAACCUCAAUUAUGAAACAGGGAAAGCCUAAAGUCGAGACCAAGAAGGGUCCCAAAAAGACAGAAGAGGGAGGUAUGGAAAACCAUGUUGAUGGGACCCUCCCCCGUGUCAUUACAGAAACCACUGAAUCUAUUGCUUGUAUCAACGGAGCUGACCUUCUUCAUGAUGUAUUGGCUCAUGUUAUGCCCUCUGUACAGCUGCCACCAAAUAUCAACCUUGUCCCCAAGGUCCCGGUCCCUCUGAACAGUACCAAAUACAACUGUGCACUGGACACUAAUGCAACCAUGAUCAACUCCUUUAAUAAAUUUCCUUACCCAACACAAGCAGAGCUGUCAUGGUUGACAGCAGCAUCAAAACAUCCAGAGGAGCAAAUCCGAAUCUGGUUUGCUACCCAGCGUUUGAAGCAUGGAAUAAGUUGGUCUCCAGAAGAGGUAGAAGAGGCAAGAAAGAAGAUGUUUAAUGGAACCAUCCAGUCAGUACCCCAAACCAUCACUGUCCUGCCAGCUCAUCUGACAGCUGCAAAAAUGCCACAGCCAAUUAUCCAAACAGCUGUACCUUGCCAGAUACUCGGCCAGACUGGCCUGGUUUUGACUCAAGUGUCAAAUGGAUCAACAGUUUCUUGCUCACCGAUUACACUUGCUGUUGCUGCUAAUCACGGACAGAAACGGACAAUACAGACCUUGUCGGGUGCCCCAGAAGUAAAGCGUCCACAUGUAGUUCAUGUGCCUGAGGUCUCACCCAAGCUGAAUGCUUCUCCAUUGACACCAACAAAUGACCGAAAAAAGACCAAGGAACAGAUAGCAGAACUAAAGGCUAGUUUUAUCAUGAGCCAAUUUCCUGACGAUGCAGAAGUCUACAGGCUAAUAGAAGUAACCGGUCUCUCCAGAAGCGAGAUCAAGAAGUGGUUCAGUGAUCACAGAUACAGAAGUCAAAGGGGCAUUGUUCACAUCACUAGUGAAUCUAUAGCAAAAGAUCAGUUAGCCAUUGCAGCUGCCCGGCACGGGCGUACAUACCACACAUACACAGAUUUCACAUCCCAGAGGUUCAAAGAGAAAACACAAGAGCAGCUUAGGAUUCUCGAAGAAAGUUUUCUUAGAAGCUCUUUUCCAACCCAAGGAGAAUUGGACAGACUUAGAGUGGAAGCCAAGCUGAGUAGAAGAGAGGUUGAUUCCUGGUUCUCUGAGAGGAGAAAGCUAAGGGAUAGCAUGGAACAAGCUGUCUUGGACUCUAUGGGAUCCAACAAAAAAAAUAAGGAUCGGGGACUCCAUAAUGGUACAAUAAGCCAGACUGAGCUGCUGAAUAGCUCCCAGCUACCCAGUUCUUUGUCCGAAUCCGAAUCCUCCACAGCAUUUAACAAAAAAAACCAAGAGCAGAUUCACCUGCUGAAGAGCACAUUUGCAAGAACCCAGUGGCCAUCACCCCAGGAAUAUGACCAGUUAGCAGCUCAAACUGGGCUCACUAGAACUGAAAUAGUCCGCUGGUUCAAGGAGAAUAGAUCCUCUCUAAGAACUGGGACAUUAAAAUGGAUUGACCGAUACCAACAGCAGUAUGUUGUUGAGGGUCAUAAUGAACAAAACCAGAAAAAGGGAUUAAAACAAAAUGAGAGUCCAAAGAACAGUAACCAGGUGUCUCGGCAGCAUUACCAGGAGCACAAAAAGUUGAAUGAAGAGAACAUGGGCAAACUAGUCAUGAGAUCAACAGAAGACUAUGAGCCACCAAAAGACUCUUUGUUAGAGAAUCAAACUGAGGACAGAUUGGAAUGCAACAGCCAAGACGGCCACGGUAGUGAGGAAAAUGAGGAUGCUGGAGAUGUGAACUGGGUGGAGGUGACAGUAGGGGAUGAUGAUGCUGUCUCGGACUGUACAGACAGCUGGAGUCAAACUGCACCUGAAGGCCCAGCUGAGUUAGCAGAUUUUGAUUCUGAAAGUGUAUCUGGAGACAAUUCCCAUAUUUAAACAGGGAUGCCAAUCAGUCGUGCUGUUGUGAUAAUCAAGGGGGAAAACUGUCUCUGAAAACAGGAUAACCGUCUAUUUUCCUACUUGGGCCAAGAUAACCAAUGAGUUGCAACUCUGAGUCGAACCACGCUUGCAGAGGCACAGUGAGAAAUAUCGUGGAGCAUUGAUAUGGAAUUGUUCGUAGUGCCAAAGUCCUACUACCGCAUUAAAGAAGAAAGGGUCCUUGUACAUAGGUUUCUCCCUAACUUCCCUUCCCCUCACCUUUGUCCUCUACUGGAACUGAUUUGUACAAAGUGGGAAUUUUGUUACCUUUUUAAUUGGUGCAAGUUACUUUUUCAGAUCAUCCCAUUGCAAGGUUUGGGGCUUUUUGUUUUUAGAGUUAGUAACCACUAUAUCUGCUUCGGUUUUAAAAUAUUAAAAAUUGGAAAUCUUUUCAAUGUGGUGCAUCAGUAGCUGAUCCUGGAUUUUCACCCCAAUGAUGGUUUACAUUUCAGCCCACCGAAUGCAUCAAGGGGUUUGUGGUGUUGUUGCUUGUUCAGCUUUCUUUAAAAAACAAAAACAAAAACCUGCUGUUGGCUAAAUUAUUUAACUCUCCACAUUUCUGUGCAAUGGAGAGGCAAACAACCUUUCCAACUGCUGUAUCUCACCCUUGCCCAACCAUCAAAUGCCAGCUAGAGCCGCAGACCUCUGAAGACCUUAAUAGCAUGCCUCUGUCUUAUUUGAGCACCUUUUUUUUUCUUUUUUACAUGCAUUACAACCCCCAAAAGGAGUGACAAUGGGGAAAUGAAGAUUCUUCAUAAAUGAACUUGUUCAUAUUUCUUUAGUCGGUACAAAGAUGGAUUAUAUUUUUUUGUCUGCCCUUCAGCUUUAGAUGUUGUAGUGCACAACAUACGUUUCCUUUAACCCUUGCCACUAAAUUGUUAGAUCAGUUCUAGAUCCCCGAGUGCACUUUUUUCGAAUAGCCCUAACCUUUUUAUUUUAGAGCGAGCCAGCACACAUGAGAGAGAUCUGGUAAAAAUGUUGCAAUCUGACUAGUUGUCUUUUGGAGACUUACCCAUAUUUCAGUACACUGCACAAAUAUAAUUCUAGGGAAUUUGAAUAAAAUCAACUUUUCUAACUUGUUGCUCAUUUGUUGUAACUCAAUAAAACAAAGACUGAACAUUUUUUGUAACCUUUUCUUUUUUCUUUUUUAAUUUAAAAUCUCUGCACUGUGGAUGGGAGUUAAAUACCUUAUUGGUCGUGACUAGUCAUCGCUAAGUGUGGCUUUUACUAGCCACCUGGAUGGCACUGGAGUGGCUGAGGCUUAAAAUGGAGCCACUUCAAGCUAGCUUUCUUAUAACAAGGUUGUUUAGUUCAUAGCUGAAAGGGAUAGAUGGUUUGGGCAUUAACUUCCAUUGUCCCUCUGUUUACUUAAGGCUAGUUUGUGCAAUCCUUACUCUCCUUUUGGUGAGCACUUGCUCACAUGAGUAAUCCCAUUGCGCUGAAUGGGUCUAACUGCAUGUGUAAAUUCACUAAUGUGCGAGUAAAAAUUGCAGUCUAGUCUUUAUAUAGCAUCUUUGCUUAGAGCCUGUUCCCCUUGCAGUUAAUGGGAAAUUUUAAAAAUUGACUCCAGUGGGGAUUUCUGGGCCCACAGAUACUGCAGCAAUGGAAUGCUAGAGAAGAAUUUCAGAGAGCUCUCUUUUACAGGUUAGAAAUUGUAACCAAAAUUAGUUGCCACUGCUUACAGCUUUGUUUAUUUGAGGGGAUGAUUGAUACUUUUAACUGCCAUUUUGCAUUGCUUGAUAAUAACUACUUGGAAGCUUAAAAUUGAAAUUUUGAUUUCUUCUGUUGCGUUUGCAGACAAGAUUUUCAGGCUCAGUCCUCCUUUCUUUUAACCAGCCACGUUCCCAUUGAUUUCAGUAGGAUUUUUAGGGCCAUUUUAGGGAAUUUAAGGGCCAUCUUUUUGUUUGUCUCACACCUAACACAUUGGGGUUGGGAUCCAUAACUGGAGCUCCUACAUACUAUACUGCUGGGGAAAUUCUGUGCUACUGCGCAAUGCAGAAUUUUGCAGAAAUUAAUGUGCACACAAAAUUUCCUUUCCCCCACAGAAAUGGUCAGCAGU